AUGGGAACCAAGCUCCAAUGCCAAUUGGGAGGGCAUCCACCUCAAUGCGGAGGAGAGGCAGGCACGACAGUAAUCCCAAUUCAUGGCAAUUCAUGUAAGAAGUUGCAGCUGGCAAGUGCAGCGGACGCACCUGCGCUGAGUCUGAGGUGCCUGCCUUCCCCGUUCAACUUGGCCUGGAAGGUGCAAAGUGUGGGGUUCCUCAACGUCCAGCGGGGGAGGAGAACCUCGGCGCCAAUGUGUCAAAACCAGCUAAGCUCCAUCUUCCUCUCGCGUCCCCUCCAUUCCGAAUUCGUGUCCACUCCGGCCGGGAGCUCCCCCUUUGACCUCCUUGGGACUCUAUCGCGCCUGAAGCUGCUAUCCAACUUGCCGGUGGAUCAAGGUUUUCCAACCAGAACUCUGCUAGAGUCUUGCAUAAGCAUUACCCUGUCACCUACAGCCUAUCUCAAGCUCUUCCCGUUCUGA